AUGGCGUCCAAGACGAGUUUGAGAGCGGCAAUUCUCGUUGUCUCAACAACAGCAGCCAAGGACCCUUCCUCCGAUGCUGCCGACGUAACGCUGCGCGACGUCUUCGACAAGGAGGGAGGCCGCCAGUGGACGGUGGUGGAGACUAAGAUCGUGACCGAUGCCGUGGCCCAGAUCCAGCGCCAGAUCAUGCUCUGGGCCGACAUCCCCGACGCCGUCGACCUCGUCGUCACCACGGGCGGCACGGGCUUCGCCGUCGCCGACCACACCCCCGAGGCCGUGUCGGCGCUGCUGCACAGGCACGCCUCGGGCCUCGUCCACGGCAUGCUCGCCGCGUCGCUGGCCGUGACCCCGUUCGCCAUGAUGUCGCGCCCCGUGGCCGGCGUGAGGAACAACACCGUUAUCAUCACCCUCCCCGGAUCCCCCAAGGGGGCUAGGGAGAACCUGCAGGCCGUGAUCAGAACCCUGCCGCAUGCUUGUCUGCAGGCGUCCGGGGCGGACUCGAGGUCCCUUCAUUCGGGGGGCGUGAAGAGGCUGGAAAAGGAUGCCGGAAUUGGCUACGGUGCUGGCCCGUCACAGCCUGCGGGGCAUCGUCACGAUAACCAUGGCCAUGGCCACGACCACAGUCACGAUCCCGGUCAUGGGCACGGCCACGGGCAUGGUCACGGUGGUCUCGUCAGGCAUACCAAGGCCGGCGAGAACCCGAAGUCGAACGACCCCAGCCUAGGACCCAGCCGGAGACACAGGUCCUCCCCGUACUCGAUGCUCUCCGUCGACGAUGCCCUGAGCCUGAUAAGCGAGCACACGCCUGAGCCCCGGGUCGUCUCUGCGGCGGUGGACGAGAGUCUGGUAGGUUCGGUCCUCGCCGAGGAUGUGUCCGCCAGGGAAGACGUUCCGGCGUUCAGGGCGAGCAUAGUCGACGGCUAUGCCGUCGUCGUACCACAGGAUGGAAACAUGAAGGGCGUGUUCACCGUGUCCGCCAUCUCCCAUGCGUCUCCCGGAGAGGUCGGGGGGCCUCUCGAGGAAGGGCAGAUUGCCAGGAUCACAACCGGGGCCCCGCUCCCUCCCGGUGCGACCUCGGUGAUUAUGGUUGAGGAUACCGUGCUCAGGUCGAAGACUGAGGACGGCCAGGAGGAGAAGGAGGUUGAGAUCCUUGCAGAUGGCGUCAAGGAUGGGGAGAACAUCCGGGAGAUUGGGAGCGACGUCAAGAAGGGUUCAGUGAUACUUGAGAAGGGUGAACAGAUCUCGGCAGUCGGCGGCGAAAUUGGGCUCCUGGCCUCUGUGGGAGUGGCAGAUGUUAAAGCAUAUCGACGCCCGGUAGUGGGCAUUCUAUCAACCGGAGACGAGCUCGUCGAACAUAACCGGCGAGAUGAACUACAGCAUGGCGAGGUACGGGAUACAAACAGGCCUACCUUGAUCUCAGCUGUUAAGCAUUGGGGCUACGAGGUCGUCGACCUCGGCAUCGCAAGUGACAAGCCGAGCAGCCUAGAAGAGACUCUCCGCGACGGUCUGCGACGGGUCGACUUGCUCAUCACCACGGGAGGUGUGUCGAUGGGCGAGCUGGAUCUCCUAAAACCCACCAUCGAGCGUUCAUUAGGCGGCACCAUCCAUUUUGGCCGGGUGGCGAUGAAGCCUGGCAAGCCGACCACCUUCGCGACAGUCCCGGUGAAGGACAACGCCGGUCAGAGAGUAUUCAAGGCGGUCUUCUCGCUGCCGGGGAACCCGGCCUCCGCCCUGGUGACAUUCCACCUCUUCGUCCUCCCCUCGCUUCACCGCAUGUCCGGGGUAUCACCCCCUGGUCUCCCAAGGGUCCCGGCCGUCCUCGCCCACGAUUUCCCCCUGGACAAGGUGCGGCCAGAGUAUCACCGCGCCGUCGUCUCCGUGGGGAACGAUGGGGUGCUGUCGGCUGCCAGCACGGGCGGACAGAGAAGCUCCAAGGUCGGAAGCUUGCGCCGAGCAAACGCGCUCCUCUGCAUGCCGAGUGGCGAGGAGCCGUUGCCCAGGGGGACGAAGGUCGAUGCCCUUUUGAUGGGUAGUUUACGUGUUGAUUCCUGA